CUCCGGCCGUUUUCGUGUGCUACUUUCCGGGAAAAGAGAACGUGAGAAUUUCCACAACAAAGUCCGCCUAUCACCUGUUGCUCCGUUGCCAAUCAGUCCCAGGCACUGACCAAUCCCUCCCUCGCUUUCCUUAAAGACAACCCACAAAAAUCGGGCCGGAAAGUCCUUCUGGGGGUUCCCUAUUUUCGCGAGCGAAGCCUUUCGUCUGUUGGUGGAUCCGAAUCGCGUUAUGGUCAUAAUCUCGACGCAUUCUCGCUGUCUGAACCAGCAUAAAUUGGGGUUUUAGUUUUAGAUUUGAGGGUAUUCUAUAUAGGCAUUCAGCUUGGGUGGUCAGUUUGUCAGUGGUUCUUCAAUUUAUCUGUACAACGAUCCGUCUGUGAGUCCUCUGGUCCAUAGUAUUGACCAACUCUUGAGCUGGGAACAUUUCUCCUUUUUGCUUAGUUUUUGGCCUUGAAUUGGGUAUGACUUGAGUUGUCCGUCCGACUAUUUCAUCCACAAGUCGACUGGAUUUGAGUCAUUGGAGGGUGAAAAUCUCUAUCCUCGAGUCCUCUGUUUUUGCUGAAACUUAUUUGCGUUAAGAGAUGACGAUCGAGUCGUCGCCGGGAAGUUCAGGGUGCUUAGAUUCUGGUAGAAGGAAAAGUUCGUAUUUCAGCAAUGGAUAUGUACUGGGUUUGACGGUGAUUGCUGGUAUUGGAGGACUUCUCUUUGGAUAUGAUACAGGAGUAAUAUCUGGAGCUCUUCUGUAUAUUAAGGAUGAAUUUGAGGCAGUCAGAGAUAGUAGUUUCUUACAGGAAACAAUAGUUAGCAUGGCUUUGGUUGGGGCAAUGAUUGGAGCUGCAGCAGGUGGGUGGAUCAAUGAUGCAUAUGGGCGCAAGAAAGCUACUCUUCUUGCAGAUGUUAUCUUUGCAAGUGGAUCAGUUGUUAUGGCUGCUGCACCAGAUCCUUAUGUUCUUAUAGCAGGAAGGCUCUUAGUUGGCUUGGGUGUGGGUGUGGCAUCUGUGACUGCUCCUGUAUAUAUUGCUGAGGCAUCGCCAUCUGAAAUAAGGGGAAGUCUGGUCAGCACUAAUGUGCUUAUGAUUACUGGUGGACAAUUUCUUUCAUAUCUCGUCAAUCUUGCUUUCACUGAGGUUCCUGGAACCUGGCGAUGGAUGCUUGGAGCUUCAGGCGUGCCAGCUGUUAUUCAGUUUUCCCUAAUGCUGUUUAUGCCCGAGUCUCCUCGCUGGCUUUACUUGAAGAAAGAUAAAUUCGAAGCCACGGUUGUCCUUUCCAAUAUUUAUGAUCCUUUCCGUUUGGAGAUGGAGUUAGAUCAGCUUGCUCUUGCAUUGGAGGAAGAACGUCGGAGAGAGAAUUCUGUUAGCUAUUGGGAUGCAUUUAAAUCAAAAGAAAUCAGACUAGCAUUCCUGGCUGGUGCUGGACUUCAGGCAUUCCAGCAGUUUACUGGUAUCAACACUGUCAUGUACUACAGCCCAACAAUUGUUCAGAUGGCUGGCUUCAGGUCCAACCAGUUAGCUCUUCUCUUGUCUCUCAUCAUUGCUGCGCUGAAUGCUGCCGGGACAGUCGUUGGAAUUUACCUUAUUGAUCAAUUUGGGCGUAGGAAGUUGGCCCUCAGCAGCUUAGCUGGCGUGAUCGUGUCCCUUAUUCUCCUUUCUGUAUCAUUCUUACUAGAAACUUCUGAAGGUUCCUCAAGUGGAAUCUUCGGGUGGAUGGCUGUCUUAGGAUUAGCCCUGUACAUAGCUUGCUUUGCACCCGGAAUGGGACCAGUUCCAUGGACCGUGAACUCAGAAAUAUAUCCAGAGUCAUUCCGAGGGGUUUGUGGGGGCAUGUCUGCUACUGUGAACUGGGUUUCGAAUCUGAUUGUGGCCCAGUGUUUCCUUUCGAUGGCUGAUGCUCUGGGAACGGGUGGUACCUUCUUGAUACUGGCAGGCAUCGCGGUUCUUGCAUUCGUGUUUGUGAUGAUGUUUGUGCCGGAGACGAAGGGCUUGACAUUUGAGGAAGUGGAGAGGAUGUGGAAGAGGAGGGCUUGGGGCAGCGAGUAUGAUGCUGCUGCUACUGAAGGCCUUCUUGAGGAGGGAGGGGAGUCUUAAAACAUUAGUAGGUAUAUAUAGCCCCAGAAUUUGGAGUGGAGCAAUCCAGUUUGUGGCUUAUUAUUAUACCCUGUACUUGAUUAAUAAGGGAUAGUUUGUACUUCAAUUCUGGGGAUUUUGAGGGGUCAGAUUUUCAGGCUUAGGCUUGUGCUUCUUGUGUUUCAGACAAUAUUCAGAGGCCCCUGCUCUCCUGAAUGCUAUUUUAGGCAUGGAGUGGAGUGGAAGGAGCUGUUGUUCAAUUAAUAGUAGUAUCUAAGUUUGUAAGUGAUACAAUAUCAAUCAAGAAGAAGAUGCAUUUGCAGGCUUUA